AUGUGGCCAUGCUGUGGUCCUGGCAUUGGAAGGAGAGGUCGCGGUGAAUGUUCAAAGUCCACGGUAAGGUUUGCAGAAACGUGUGUCAUCAUCGACAAGCUCGACAAGAUUGGUGCCGACGCUGUAAAGAAGGAGUUGAGCGACAAGGUAGGCCUGAGUGCCGAAGUUGGGGAGACCAUCGUCGCUGCUACGGGAGCAAAAACGCUGGAGGAGUUCGCAGAGAUCGCCGGAGUAGGCGAGAGUGAGGAGGUGAAGGAAUUGAGAAGGCUCUUUGCACUUGCGGAGGAUUACGGCUUUGCCGACUGGCUCCAGUUCGAUGCAUCAGUGGUGCGAGGUCUGGCCUAUUACACUGGUGUCGUCUUCGAGGGCUUCGAUAGGGCUGGCGUGCUGCGCGCAGUGUGCGGUGGUGGCCGGUAUGAUAAGCUGCUUGAACUCUACGGCUCCAAGAAGGAAGUGCCGUGCGUGGGAUUUGGCUUCGGCGAUUGCGUCGUGAUGGAGCUGCUGAAAGAACGUGGGGUGCUGCCCGAGCUGCCGCCUUCCGUGGACAUGGUAGUGGCGGCCUACAACGCGGACAUGAUGGGCAAGGCCUGUUUCAGGGUUUGUUUAUAG